CUUCAGACCAUGUUUCUCCUCACUCCAGUCUUGGUAGCAGUUGUCUGUAUCUUGGUCAUAUGGGUCUUUAAAAAUGCUGACAGGAGUCUGGAGGAAAAGAAGGAGGAGGCUCGAGCUCAGCCCUGGGUGGAUGAAGACUUGAAAGACAACACGGAACACCUUCAAGUGGAAGAAGAUACUGAGGAAUGGCAAGAGUCGGAGGAGAGUGUGGAACACAUCCUAUUCUCCCACACCCGAUACCCAGAGCAGGAAAUGAGGAUGAGAUCCCAGGAAUUCUAUGAGCUCCUCAGUAAGAGACGCUCCAUCAGAUUUAUCAGCAGCGAGCCAGUCCCGAUGGAAGUGAUUGACAAUGUCAUCAAAGCAGCAGGAACAGCUCCAAGUGGAGCCCAUACAGAGCCCUGGACGUUUGUGGUGGUAAAGGACCCAGACAUGAAGCAUAAGAUCCGAGAGAUUAUCGAGGAGGAGGAAGAAAUCAAUUACAUGAAAAGGAUGGGAAAGCGAUGGGUCACAGAUCUGAAGAAACUGAGAACCAACUGGAUUAAGGAGUACUUGGACACUGCCCCUGUUCUGAUCCUCAUUUUCAAACAAGUCCAUGGUUUUGCGGUAAAUGGGAAGAAAAAGGUCCACUACUACAACGAGAUCAGUGUGUCCAUUGCCUGUGGCAUUCUGCUGGCUGCACUGCAGAAUGCAGGGCUGGUGACGGUCACUACCACUCCCCUCAACUGUGGUCCUCGUCUGAGGGUGCUCCUGGGCCGCCCCUCACAUGAGAAGCUGCUAGUGCUCCUUCCUGUGGGGUACCCUAGCAGAGGUGCCACAGUGCCUGACCUCAAGCGGAAAACUCUGGACCAGAUCAUGGUGACAGUAUAGACAGACAGCCCAACGAGAUGCUGGGAUGCUGGGAUGACACCUGCUUCCUUCUUCUCGGGUCUGCUGGCUCCUCUUGCUCUCUGAGUCAGGUCUUCUGCAAACCAGUGUACAGGGAAGACCAAUUUCCAUGUAGCAAUGUUUUCACACUUUCUAGAACUUUCAGUCAAGUAAGUAGUUUUUGAUGGACUGUUCUAGUUAUGUAUGGGGCAAGGGACCAAAAAAGCAGGCAUACUUUAACUUCUCUAGAAAAGUAUAAAUGAUUUUUUUCAUUUACUUAUAAAAGUUAUAUAGAGAAGGCACAUGAGAAUAUGUGCUCUAGUUCCAAGAGUUACCUACGCAAUAAUUUUUCAUUUAAAUAUUAACUAAUCAAGUGUUCUUUCUGCUCUCUGCUUUCUGGUGUCAUUGAGACUGAGAAUGUACUAUUGAGACCUAUUCUGUCACUGAUUCUCAUAGGGAGUCUGCCAAUCUUGAAUGAAUAACCUUUAAAGUAAAUAAAAUAUGACACUCACAGAA